AUUUCGUUAUCAUAAGUCGUAUAUUGUGUUAGUUUCAGUGUCUUAUUUACCAUUACACAGAUAAAACAUCAUUCAUGUCUUCAGAAAGAUAUCAACUAUGGGGUGGGUGUUUCGAAGAGGAGCCGUCGUCAGUGCUGCGUCGGUUGAAUGAUUCUUUACCUAUCGACUGCCGCCUGUUUCGAGAGGAUAUACGUGGUAGUCAAGGGUGGGCUCACGAGCUUCAUCGCAGUGGGCAUCUUUCUGACGACGACUACAAUGCCAUAGAAUAUGGUUUGCGUAAAGUUGAAAAAGAAAUAGAAGAAGAAUUAAUUAAAAAUGGUAAGUUAAAUGAUAGUGAAGAAGAUAUACACUCUGUGGUGGAAAGGCGACUGUAUAAUCACGCUGGUGACUCUGCACUGCGUUUACACACCGCCCGCAGCCGCAACGACCAAUCGGCAACAGACGUUCGGUUGUGGAUGUUGAAUUCCUUGGAAAAGCUAUAUAUUACCUUAAAAGAGUUAAUUAAGGUGUUGGUAAAUAGAGCAGAAAAUGAAAUAAACAUUAUCAUCCCUGGGUAUACUCACCUUCAGCGAGCGCAACCAGUGCGUUGGAGUCACUUUUUAUUAAGUUAUUUGUGGCUGUUCCGAGAUGAUGUGAUGCGACUGGAGGAACAAAGAACACGUUUGUCUCGGUGUCCAUUGGGAAGUGGGGCUAUUGCGGGAUGUGCUCUUUCAAUUGAUAGGAAUGAACUGGCUAAACAACUGGGGUUUGAUGAUGUAACUGCAAAUUCAAUGUUUGCUGUCGGAUCUAGGGAUUAUAUAGUGGAAUUUCUAAAUUGGUCAUCACUAUGCGGAUCACACCUCAGUAGACUAGCAGAAGACUUAAUUAUCUACGGUUCCCGAGAAUUUGGAAUUGUUUCUUUCUCGGAUCAAUUUUCCACCGGCUCCAGUUUGAUGCCUCAAAAACGCAAUCCCGACGGCUUAGAACUAGUCCGAGGUACCGCUGGGUUAUUAUUAGGGGACAGUGUCGCAAUUAAUUGUGUGCUGAAAGGAUUACCAAGUACCUACAAUAAAGAUUUGCAAGCGGAUAAGGAAAUACUAUUUAGAUCUUACGAUAAAUUACUUGAUUGUCUUAAAGUGACGGCUGGAACAAUAGCUACAAUGGAAGUGAAUUCUGAAAGAGCGUUGCUGUCAUUGGAACCAGGAAUGCUGGCUACAGACCUCGCUCAUUUGCUAGUUCGCCGCGGGGUGCCAUUUCGGCGUGCUCACAACUACGUCGGAGUGGCCUUGCGUCGCGCCACCACCCUAGGUGUUAACUUACAACAAUUGCCUCAUCACGAAUAUGCAGCUAUCUGUCCAGAUUUCGGAACGGAAGACGAUCUCCAAACAGUGUUCUCUUGGGAGACCAGCGUGGAGCAAUACACCAGCACAGGUGGUACUGCGAAGUCGGCGGUGGAACAACAACUGACAUUGUUUAAGUCUUGGAUACAGAACCAUUCUUGGCCACGUCGUACUUAAAUUGGAAAUU